UUUGUAAUUGUAACCACAAAAAGAGUGGCAGAGUGAGAGAGAGAAGUGAUAUAGACUUGAUGGGUCCAGCGUAGUGGUGCAAAUUCGGUAUUAAUAGAUUCGGACCCUUCAAAUAUGCAGUUGUAGAUUUGAAAGAAAAAGGACGGGUUGCACACUUGAAUUCCUGCAGCUACCUCAAACCAUGGCCAACCCUGAUAAAUUCCUCUCAAUUACAAAGCCCAUCACCCACGUCAUUUUCGACAUGGAUGGUCUUUUGCUAGACACAGAGAAGUUCUGUAAUGAAGUUCAGGAGAUCAUACUUGGUAGAUACAACAAAAGCUUUGACUGGAACGUGAAAGUGAAGAUGUUGGGGAAGAAAGCAUUAGAGGCUGCAAGAAUCUUUGUUGGUGAAACAGGAAUUAGUGAAUUUCUCAGUGCUGAGCAGUUCCUGAUCGAUAGGGAAGACAUGCUGCAGGCUUUGUUUCCCAAAAGUGAGCUUAUGCCAGGUGCUGGUCGUCUAAUGAGGCAUUUACAUGCCAAAGGAAUUCCAAUUUGCUUAGCAACAAGUUCUCACAAGCGACACUUUGAAGUAAAAACUCAAAGACAUCGUGAACUGUUUUCUUUGUUGCAUCAUGUUGUUCUUGGCGAUGACUUUGAAGUUAAGCAUGGCAAGCCUUCCCCAGAUAUAUUUCUUGAAGCAGCCAAGAGAUUUGAGGAUGGACAGAUAGAUCCUUGUAACAUUCUCGUUUUUGAAGAUUCACCCUCGGGAGUUCUUGCAGCUAAGAGAGCAGGAAUGUCUGUUGUUAUGGUCCCUGAUCCAAGGCUGGAUAAAGGUUUUCAGAAGUUACCUGAUAAAGUUUUGAACUCACUGUUGGACUUCGACCCUGUGGAGUGGGGUUUGCCUCCUUUUUGAAGAUACCAAUGGGAGAUGGAUGAACUUGGAGUUCUGUUACUGUUUUGCUUCAGUCACAAAGUUUCAUAUAGUUUUUAUAACUGCUUUUAUGAGUUAAUCAUAAUCUGUUCUUGUUGAAUAAUUGGACCCCGUUUGACUA